AUGGACAAUUUAGAAGUAGCGAUGUUAGUCCAUGUAAAGAUUGCCCUGAUAAAAAUUGCAAAAACUGUGAAGACAGUGGAAGUGGGGAUAAUUGUCUCCAAUGCAAAAAGAAAUUAUCCUUCAAGAAUGUACUUGGAAUUAAAAAAACGUCUUGCUGUGACGAAGGAUAUUAUGUUAGUAGUGAUCAGACUUCAUGUGCACUCUGCGAUGAUAGUGUGAAUUGCAAAUAUUGUGAAGACAGCGGAAAAGGGGAGACUUGCAUCCAAUGCUCUAAUCUCUUAA